AGCUUGUUUCAUUUUUCGGGAAAAGCCCUAAACCCCGGUGUUCCAUUUCGCAGCACACAGGACAAGAGACCUCAAAAUGAGAAUCCAUAAACUCAAAGUUUUGCUAUCACUCAGUAAACCCUUUUGUAGAAAUGACUCGAGUUUCCUCUCUAAUCAAUAUUGUAGACAUUUCUCUGCUCAACCCAGCUAUGCCCAUGUCGAUUAUCUUCAAGAACAGGUUCUGGUUGAAGGAAGGGCUAAAUCAAGAGCAGCUAUACUCAAUAGACCAUCUGCUCUUAAUGCUCUUACUCCUUCUAUGGCUGGUCGUUUAAGUAGAUUGUAUGAGUCUUGGGAGGAAAACUCAGAAAUUGGAUUUGUCAUGAUGAAGGGAAAUGGAAGGGCAUUUUGUUCUGGAGCAGAUGUUGUGACACUUUAUGAGUUGAUUAAUGAAGGGAAGGUUGAGGAAUGCAAGAAGUUCUUCCAAACAUUGUAUAAAUUUGUUUACCUGUUAGGAACAUAUCUCAAGCCAAAUGUGGCUAUUUUGGAUGGCGUCACAAUGGGAAGUGGGGCAGGUAUUUCGCUUCCAGGAAUGUUUCGCGUUGUAACUGAUAGAACUGUUUAUUCCAAUCCUGAGGCUCAAAUUGGUUUCCAUCCCGAUGCAGGGGCUUCUUAUUAUCUUUCUCGCCUUCCUGGCUACUUAGGGGAGUAUUUGGCUUUAACAGGGGAAAAGCUUAAUGGUGUAGAAAUGAUUGCUUGUGGUCUUGCUACCCACUAUUCACUCAAAGAAAGGCUUCCUUGGAUGGAAGAACGCCUUGGUAAAUUGAUCACAGAUGAUCGUCUUGUCAUUGAAAAUUCUCUAGCUCAGUAUGGUGACCUUGUUUACCCAGAUAGCAGGAGUGUUCUACACAAGCUUGAGAAAAUCGAUAAAUGCUUUAGCGAGGAUACAGUUGAGGAAAUUGUAGAAGCUUUGGAAAGAGAGGCAGCAGAAUCUCAUGAUGAAUGGUGUAAAACAGCAAUUAAUAAAAUAAAAGAAGCCUCUCCAUUGAGUUUGAAAGUGGCUUUGAAAUCAAUUAGAGAAGGCAGAUUUCAACCCCUUGAUCAGUGUCUAGUCCGUGAAUAUCGCAUAUCAGUUAAUUGGGUGUCCAAACGGGUGUCUGAUGAUUUUUGUGAGGGUGUCCGUGCUAGAUUGGUUGACAAGGACUUUGCUCCAAAGUGGGGCCCAACACGGCUUGAGGAAGUUACCACCGACAUGGUUGACUGCUUCUUUAUCCCAUUAGAUGAAUUAGAACCCGAACUCAAUUUGGCCACUGCAAUACGGGAGCCUUCUAUGUGAUUCAAAUCCUUCUUUGUCCGCAUACGGAAAGUUCAUAUUCUUGGACCGAUCAUAGAACAUGGGACUGACUGGAAAAUCAGGACCGCUGAAGACAUUUCAUUCCCAUCAAGGUGCUGGGUAGUGAUCGUUCCAUUGGAGCAGAUAUAAACGGCUGAACUGCGCUAAUGUCUGUUUAGGUACUAGAUGGUGGUAACAGAAGAAAAUGGUAGGACAAGCUGCAAAUUGAUUUCCCUCAUCUUUUACUUUUUUCAAAUAUAUUUCUGAUGUUUAGAGGACCUCCCAGAGAUUGAUUUACAUGCAGAGGCUCUCAGAUUUUGACUGAUUUUGUGUGUACUUAGAAAGCUCUUGAGUUGGACUACACAUCAUGACAAGAAUAUCUUGUGAAAU